AUGGCGCGGUUUCCUGUCGCAAUCAUCACUGGAGCGACACGAGGCAUCGGUAGAGCGAUCGUGCAGGAGUUGUCAUCUCAUGGUGUAUGUUGUGUCAUGAUCGGUUCUUCUAUGGAAAGCUUACAAUCCCUAGAAAUGGCUCCACCUCAUUUCAAGCAUUCUCAACAGUGGCACCGUGCCAUUUCUAUAGAUCUAGCUACGUGGCCACGGUGGACAGAGAUGAGUGGAUUUCCAGGUUUUGAAAUUACGCAUGUAGAUGGCAAGGUUCAUCAAGAGCCCACGCUUUUAUCAUUUCACGAUUACAGCUUUUGGCGGGACAAACACAAUGCACAAUACGAUCUAAAGUUGCUUGUAAAUUGUGCUGGCGUGACUCAAACAACUGCUUCGAUUCGCACCUCGACUGAAAAGAUGCAACAGCUGCUCAAUGUCAAUUUUAUGAGCGCAGUCAGCAUGUGCAAUAUGUUCUCAAGACGUGUAAUCCGAACGAAAAAGGACUUGGAAGGCCCCGCCCCAUGCAUUGUCAACAUAUCUUCCAUUCUUGGCCAGCACCAAGGUCCAAUUGUUGCUGGUACUUCUAUAUACAGUGCUUCUAAAGCUGCUAUACUCAGCUAUAGCAAAGUGCUGGGCGUUGAGCUGGCACCUCUUGGAAUUCGCGUGGAAUGCAUAUGCCCAGGGCUUGUUCCUGGAACCGACAUGAUAAAGCAACUCGAUCCAGAUACUCAAAAGAAAUUGCAAACCAAUUUCGAACUCCGACAACCAAUUACGUCCUCGAAUAUCGCAUCGCGAGUUUGGCGAAUAUUUAAUAACGAUAACCAGAAUAGUAUUUGA